AUGGAUAACGACCAAGAUAACCAGGGUGAUCUAUCACAAUACCCUGACCCUGAGCAAAGUGGUCUAUCCUUUCCGUGGCUUGAUCAAUAUCAACCUGUGGCUGCAGAAUCCUUGUCUUCCAGACCGCGGCCUCUUGUUCAAGAAGGCUUUAUCCCAGAAGAAGACGAAGAUGCACCAACAGCAAGGUACGGUCUGAGGGGUCAUCGCAGGUCCGGCAUUCUACUGCCCGAAGAAGGCCUUCUUGAGCCGAGCGCUGUACUAGAGGACUCUGACGAGGACCCAGAAUUUGUGAACUCGGAUGUUGAAUCAGACCCCGACGAGAAUAUAUCCGAUGAGGCAGAUGACAUGGCAAUCCAGGCGGGUGAAGAAGUUGAUGGCGUCUACUCCGGAACUCGAUCUCAUACUCGAGGCCGUGGUGGACGGCGGGUCUACGGCACGCCAAAUCGGCGAGGCCAACGAGGCCAGCGAGGCCCGGGAGGCCAGCGAGGGACGGGAAGGGGCAGAGGUCGGCCACCAGGUCGAGGAAGAGGCGCAACAAAAAGCCGCGGUCGUGGAGGUAAAGGCCUUAGAAGAGGACCGCGACCACCGCUUGAACCCAGCAAGGAAUUUGCAACGCUGCAAAAAGAGGCAAUUGAUGUCUUCAUUGACCAGCAUGAUUAUGAUAAGGCUCUGAACAUUAUACAACAAGCGAUUUCCAUCAACCCAGAAGUAUACGCUGCUCAUGCGCUCAUGUCAGAGAUAUAUUUCGCCAAAGGAGACAAUGAAAGAGGAGUUGCAGCACUGUUCAGCGGUGCUCAUGCCGCCCCGAGAGAUGCAAACGUUUGGCACCAAGUAGCCGAUGCAUGUCUGCUGAAGACUUCUCUAGAUCGAGAACGCGCGCUCCGACAAGCGGCAUACUGCUUUGCCAGAAUCAUUGAUAUUGACCAUAACGACCUCGACUCACGCUUUCAGAGAGCUGCCGUCAACAGAGAGCUUGGCUUACUCACAAGUGCCAUGAGGGAAUUUGAGAGAAUCUUGUUUGUCAUGCCUCACAAUCCUAGCGUUCUUCAUCAAAUCGCAGAGAUCUGUCUUGAGCUGGGUGAAUUUGACAAGGCGAAGCAACUCUAUCAGGACUGCAUCUCUUUCCACGAAGCUCAGGGGUUGGAUGGAGAGAACGCUUUUUCGUGGUCAGAUAUCAAUGUAUAUGUCGAGCUUUUCAGCAUGGAAGGUGAAUACGACAAGGCCAUCGCAAACUUAAAAAUCCUCUCACGAUGGCUUCUGGGCCGAGCAGCUGAGACGUAUUGGAAUGAUAUUACUGGAGACGACAGGGAAUGGGAUCCAGCGGAUGAGCCACGGCGCGUCACCGUAUCCCAAUACGUCCCAGGAAUGCAUCCCUCUCAGUCCUACGGUUUUGGCUUACCACUUGAGCUUCGGGUGAAGCUGGGCAUCUAUCGCCUGAAAAUGGGUAAAGAUCACCGGUCCGAAGCGUUGAAUCACUUCGAAUGGCUUGAACCAGAGGACUUUGAGGCCGGUGCGAAGGUCUUUGAAUAUAGCGAUCUAUUUCGAGAAGCAGGAGAGGCUCUUAGAGACGCUAAAGAGUACGAAGAAGCGCUCCGCUUCCUCCAGCCUCUGAGGAUGUCCAAUGCAUUCUCUGAUACGGAUUUCUGGCUUGCCAUUGCAGCUUCGUCCUACGUUUGUGGCAAGCUUGGACAGGCACGAGAAUGUUAUGAGCUCGCCAAGGCAUCUGAUGAGUUUUGUGCAGAGGCACGUACGCAGCUGGCGAAAAUCUACAAAGACUUGGGUCGUCGCGCCGAAGCUUUGAGGAACGCCCAAGAGGCCUUGGAAAUCGGACGAAGAGCGAUAAUCCGUCCACAGAGGCGGAGAUAUGAACGUAGAGAAGCACGCGAGGCCAGAGAGGCUGCCGAGAGGGAGUUGAAGGAGGGCCACCGGUUGGCUAUUCCGAGUCUUCAGACCACGACUGCCAGGCUCAAGCCGAUCGAGGUCAAAGAUGCCCAAGGGAGGUAUCGAUUGAGUUUUGUCAAUACAUAUCCUGGUCGUGAUUCGAGGCUCGAGGAACGAGCAGCAAAGCGCCGGAAGAUGCAGCAGAUGUCUACUGAGGAAGCCGAGACUUACCGCACGAGCAAUGUUCAGUCUUUGUUCUCGAAGUUACAGGAAUUGACUCCUGCAAUGAGAAGCGGCGAUCUAGUAGCCAGAAACACCUGGCUCGAAUAUGCUGACGACCUGAUCCACGAUUUCAGGUCGAAUAAAGUUUUCUAUCCGGCUGAACGCCACAUGCGGUUCGAAGGAUAUGACAUGGAUUCCAAGCGCAGAGCUUUUCGGAAGCAAUGGGCAAAGGGCGAGGACGACAGCUUUGAAGCUGCUUCUGCGGAGCUCCAUGACGAUGGCACACCAUUACCUUCCAUCGAAGCUUCAAUACCUAUUGAAUAUCGCGGUAUUUUAUUUGACACGUGGCUAGACAUUUUCCUCGAGCAGGCUUUGACAUUAGCUAAGCUGGGAGACGACUUUCGAGGCCACUCUUACGAAACAAUCACGGCCGUUCUUGACUGCACGAUAUGGUAUCAUCAGCCAGCAUCUAUGUUAAAGACGUACGUUUGCUACUUCACGUGCGCGUUGGCACUAAAUGAUGGAGAAACCCUGUGCAAUGUUAUUGCCCGAUGGUUCAUGAAAGAAUACCAAUUUGUGACCGAUGCCUACCGCCUUUUUGCAACGCUCAACAUGCUCUACAACGGACCAAUCGAGAAAGGAGGCAAGGACAUCCAGAUUAAGAAUGCUCCUUUUCGACAAGGCGCAUGCCAGAAGUUUUUGUUUCGCUCGGUCAAAGCGGUUGAUCUCUAUCUUCCACGCGAGUAUAACCAGGAUGGACUUGACGGACCUGUUCCGCAGUUCGUUCGAGACGAGCAGAGAGACAACCCGGAAGCUGGAAAAGCCCAACUUACAUCGAAGAAUCACGAGACAGGAGAAACGGUCUUGCCACAGGAGAUCGAUAUCGUGCUUCUAUGUCUAUACGCAUCGAUCAUGUACACUAGCAAUAGCUUCCCAAAUGCAUUACACUAUUUCUAUCGCGCAUACGCUCUGGACCCAAAGAAUCCCAUGUUGCUGCUGAACAUGACUCUUUGUUACAUCCAUCAGAGCUUCAAGCGUCAAAACGAGAACCGACAUCUCUACAUCAUGCAGGGACUUGCGUUCUAUCAGGAAUAUGCUGAUGCUCGUUUGGAGAAAGCUGAAAGUCAUGGACAGCAAGCAAUCCGAGAGGCCGAAAUUGAGAUCGAAUUCAACCGAGCCCGCAUUUGGAACAUGCUCAAUCUGACAAAUCUGGCAGUAGAAGGUUACCGGAAAGCCAUUGACGCUUCCCGCAAGAAUAGCAAGCAGCCUAAUGCCAGAGUAUCAUCGGAGGAUGCUGGUUUAGCCAUGGAAGCUGCAUACGCUCUGCAGACAGCUUACGCGCUAAGUGGAGAUAUGCAAAUGGCACAAAGGAUUACGGAAAAGUGGUUGGUGGUCUGA